AUGUUAUCUAGGCUGCUACCUUCCAUCACAGGCGGAAAGAUGCUCGACCAUGGCCUGACUUCAUUCGAUCACGUCCAGCUCCCAGCAACUGCACUCCUCGGCGACCUUGCAAGGCCCAUGAAUAUGCGCGACCAAUACUUGUCUGCCAUCAACCCUCUGGGUACAGGUGCACUCGCUCUGACUCUGUGGGUUAUUCUUUUUCUCAAGGCUGCUGUUUUAAUUACGGGCAGGUAUAGCCAAGGUCAGACAGUCCAGCAGGGAAUGCACGGCGAGCGUUCACCGAUCAUUGCCUUUCGGAACCAGCAGCUUCCAAUUUUGUAUACUAUAGCGCAGAUUGCUAUCAUGGAACCAUUUUCCAACUGGAUUACUCAUUUAUACAGCAAUAGCUCUGCUCGCUUCACCCUGGCGCUAGACAUGGACCUGCGGUAA